UGCAUCGGGGCGCCCCGGACCCAUUGCUCGCCUCCCCCCUCGCAGGGGGCAGGGACCGAGCGGCGCCGGCACCGCUCCCCCAACUGAGCCCGCGGGGCAGGGCGGGCGGAGGAAGAGGAGGAGGAGGACUACAUUUCCCGCCGGCCCCGAGAGGGCCGGGGCGGGUACAAAGCGGGCGCUACCUGUCCCGGCAGGUGAGCGCCAACAGGCCUGCCCGGGAGCUGCAAUGCCUUUCUCUAGCUCUGGUGCGGAUGAUGCCUUUGACUACCUCUUCAAGAUCAUUCUGAUCGGAGACUCCAACGUGGGCAAGACCUGCGUGGUGCACCGCUUCAAGACGGGGCAGUACAACGAGAAGCAGCAGAACACCAUCGGUGUCGACUUCACUGUGCGCUCGAUGGACAUCGACGGCAAGAAAGUGAAGAUCCAAGUGUGGGAUACAGCUGGUCAAGAACGCUUCCGGACAAUAACCCAGUCUUAUUACAGGAGUGCCCAUGGGGCCAUCCUUGCCUAUGACCUUACUAGGAGGUCCACAUUUGAAUCCAUUCCUCACUGGAUUCAUGAAAUUGAAAAGUAUGGUGCUGCAAACUUGGUCAUGAUGUUAAUUGGGAACAAAUCAGAUUCUGUGGAUAAGCGCCAAGUCCUGUUUGAAGAUGCCUGCACACUAGCAGAGAAGCAUGGGCUCUUAGCUGUACUGGAGACAUCAGCAAAGGAAGCUCAAAACAUAGAAGAGGUCUUCACGUUAAUGGCUAAGGAGCUAAUAGCCCGAAACACCUUACAGCUUCAUGGAGAGAACCCUCCGAACAGCAUCUAUCUUGAUUCCAGGCCACUGAUUGUCAGUCCAAGUGUGGAGAAGUCCCAGUGCCUCUGUUGAAGAGACAUAUCAGGAAGAACUUGGAAGUAGUCAUUCUUCUGAGGCUGUUUGAUUUCAUUUUAUUCAGUUGAUGAAAGUGUGCUAUGUCACCUCAAGCCAUCUCUCCGAUAUCUCUACCUUGCAGUUUGGCUUCUAAGUAUCUCCAGAGAUCCUUGUUGCUGUUAGCAGCACAGGUUGCUUUGAACAUGGCAGCGUAUACUUUAACAUGAACUUCUGAGCUGAGAGGACUCAGGAAGCUGCCAGCCCUUGCCUUAACCAAAGAGAACUUAAAAAAAUUAUUGCCUUAAUUAUAUCCUUAAAUGAUUUUCUGGCUGUGUCAGAAGAUAAAUUUGCACCACAGCUCUGCGUUGAUUUGACCCUUCUAAGCUAUGUUGUUUGUUCUAGCGCAAGCACUUUACUCUUUGCCAGUAGCUUUAAAAACUCUGAUGUGUGCUUGGACAGCACUUAUCCAUUGCUGCUUAAACUUUGGUUUAGGGGUGGUCCUGAAUCAGGUGCAUGGCCACCCAUGCCAAGGAACAUAAUAGAGUAUGUGAUUCCACAUCUCUACUGAUUUCCUCACCAGACAGACUGGGAGAUGUCCCUGGGGUCUCAUAGCAGGCAGAAUAUGAUACACGAGGGGCCCAGCCUUCUUCCUGGGGUGAGAAAAGUUGUCUUUUAUUUUCUUCUCUAAUUAUAAGAAUUGUUUCCAGUAGUGAUCUCUGUCUUACUAAUAUAGACUUGCUAGGAGUAGUGAAGCUUUGAAGGCACAAGUAAUGGCCUAAAUCAGUGCUGGGGUGAAAGGACUUUUGUUUUUUUUCCUCCUAACUUUGUCUUGCUUUUGAUGUGCUGAUGUUAAUCAAAAACCUUCUGUAGUUUGUGUGAUGGGCCAAAGACAGCUUGAGAGUAUGCCUGUAGAUUUUCAAGGGAGUGUGAAGAAGUGAUUGAAGCUCCUGUAAAACUCAGCAAGGGGUAAGAUGGUUUAAUUAUGCAACCUCACCUUAAAGCAGUAAGGGAAUGGUAUGGAGCAUACCAGAAAGCUACCCCUAGGCAAGCAUAUAAGCUGCUGCUGUGGACACUGAACAUCUUGGUAGCAACAAGGUUUUGUAUUGUUUCUAAAUGCAUGGUCUGCUUCUGGGGGGGCUCACCACUUCUGUGUACUGAAAUGAAUGACGGUUUUGUUUUGGGUUUUGGUUUUGUGUUUUGGGGUUGGGUGGUUUUUUGGUGGGGGUUUUUUUCAGUAGAUGGAAACAGAAGGAGAGGGAGGAAAGAAAUAUAUGGAGGAAGCUUUUUGACUGCAGUCCACAUGUACCAAAGUGCAUUGCUUAAGUAGUUACUGUUAUGCUAUGAACUGGAAAUCAAACUCUGUAAUGAUAAAAUACAGUCUGGGUUACAUGCAAAGAAACCCUGGGAAGGCUGGUAUGCUGCUAGCUUACCAGAUGGCAGUCUGCCCAUGUUUCACAAGUUCUGGAAAAAUAGGAAAAAACAUGUAGCAAAUAUUUCUGGAAAAUCUUGUCCGAGAAGCACAAAAAAUAAAGUAGAAUGAAUCACUAACUUAGUCUUGCAAAUAUUUCUAAUAUCAUUAAUGCUUCCUCUGGCCAGGUUAUUUGCUAUGACAUGCAAAGAGCAGGGGUUAAUUCAGCUAUGUGUAAACUGAGGGAGAAAUCUUCCAUGCUAGCUGCUAAGCCCUCUGCUAUAACCUGCUAUGGAGAAAGCUCCAUCUUCUUCAGGCAUCCUCCUUCUGAUCUGUUUACUUUUAAAAUCUUAAUUUCCUCUUGAUUUGGUACUAACCUAGUAGUUGCAUUUCAGCUUGCAUAUUUAAGCAACAGUAAACACCGUAACCUUUCAAAGUAGCUGAAAAAGUAGCAAUUCAGCUUCCAAACAACUAGUUUCUAUACCUCAUCACUAGGAAAACAGUCAAACGUAAGUUUAAUAUUCCUGCAUGUUUAAAAUCCAAACUACUCCCAGUAGUAGUUUGUAAUGUAGCAGUUCUUACUUUUUUCUUAGUAUCCACACUUAAACUGCUAAUAAACUUUGUUCUAUUUCAGAUAUACUAGAGAUAGUAUUUGCAACAAAUACUAAUCUUCCAGGUGACCUUAACAGUAAAGUAUCAUGUUCACCUCCAGUUACACUUUCACUAUCCAAGAAUUAGAGGAAGGAUCUUACCAGCAGAGUAUUAACCUUUGUAUGGCCCCUUGGGUUUACUGCCUUAAUUAGUUUACUCUCUGAAGUUAUUUUGCUUACCCUCAGUACAGAAGCUUCUGCAGGCUGAUGCUCCCUUAACUGCCCAGCACUGCAGGGCUCUCGCUGUUCCCUGCCCGCACACAUGGAGCUCCUUGCAAAGUCCUUCACUGGCAGAAAGCUGUGCAACACGGGAUCUGGGAGAACAGGAUUGGGAUUGUGCUUCGAGCUACACUUGUCCCUUUCCUUUAAUGGGUGUUACAGGCUCCUUAUGCUUUUUCAAGAAACUAGUCUUAAAUACUUGCCCCUUGUGUAAUGACAACAGGAGUGAGACCUCUUUUGGUAGGCUCUGUUUGGCAUCUUCAACAAGCCCUUGGGGCAGUUAUACUGAAUGGUUUCCAGAGUAAUUGAGUUGUCCUCAGGUGAAUGAAGAGCUAGCUGCAGCAGUUGCUAAGAAGGAGGCUCUUCAGAGUAUAUAUUAGUAGACAGUAUUAUUCAUGAGGUAAUAUGCAAAGUAAGCUAUAAACUUAAAAAAAUCCCUUCAUAGCAUGGUAUUCUAGACUGUAAGAUAGCAACCACUACAUUAAAAAAACAGGCACAGUGUAACUUCUGCAGCUGUGUCUUCCCCAUCAGGGAGCAGAUGGAAGCAUGCAGCUAUGACAAUGCAUGUUAACCAAAAACCAUGUUAACUGCUAUGGAACCUUAUAUUAACGUGUUUGUUCCCCCAGCAUCAUAUGCAAAUCUAACGUGCUUCUUGACAGCAUCAUUAAUACACUUGUAGAAAGUGUAACUUAAUGUAAUGUUGUUUACAAUGCUAUUCUAAAAACUACUACUGCCCCCCAGUUUUAAGAGCUGCACAUCCAGCUUGCAGAUGAGCUUAUUUGUUAAAUUUUUGUGUACUUGGAAGAAGUAUUUGAAUCUUAGCUGUGGCACAUUACUUGCAUUGGUAUCACAGCCAUGGAAGAUGAGACUGAAGCAGCACCUAUCCACGUAACAGGGUAACACCCCCCCCCCCGAAGUAUUUUAAAAUGGAGCAAACUCUUGACACAUCCCAGAAGGUGAGUGGCUUAAAAGCAACCAUUAACUGUAACCCAGUGACGUAAAAGGCAAAUGGCACCACCUAUGUGGUCAAGCUUUUCUUCAUACAUAGGGGACAGGCUCUUAAUAACAAAAGCUGAUAUUCUUAUCUAAUAAUUCCAGUUAAUGUUUAAGUAUAGUUGGAAAGGAGGGAGAGAAAGCAAUUUGCAGGCCCUGAGGGGAGAGGGAGAGGGCUCUAUCCUGGAGCUUCCUUUCAGGAAGGAGAUGCAUGCCUGUGUUUUUGGACAGGGAACUGAAACUGAAGCUUCCCCCAGCCAGAUGAGCACUCUAACCACACGCACUGCCUAGAGGUGCCCCUUGCCAGCUGCAGGCUGCCUAGAGGCAGAUUUUUAUGUGUAUCAGUUCCCACACCCCCACUCAGCUCCAGACAGGGUGCUUUAAUACUCAUUACUCAAUGUACUGACUCAUGAAGCCAUUUUCAAGCACCUCUCAAGCAAGUGUGUGUUACUGGAACUACGUACAACAGGCAACACUGGGAUAUGUGAGUUCUGUACGAGUAGUUUUAGACAGGCCAAGAGCCUUUAAAGAGUCCUAUAACUUUUAAUAGGAACUUACAGUUUGAGAGAGACAGGACUUUUAAAAGUCUUUUAAAGCACUUUUUCUAGUGCUGCUGUUCUGAAUUCAGCUGCCUGCACAGGCUUGGUCUAUGCAAUCACAUCAAGCUGGUGCCAAACAGGUGUUGACUCUAGCUUGACUGAAAAUGAUAAAUAGCAUACCCACAGCUAACAGCAACAGCAGCAAGUAGGGGCAGAAAUUUAGCAUAUUUGCAAUCCCACAUUUCCUUGCUACAGCUGUGUCCGUGAACAUCACUACUUAUGACAGUUUUCACUGCCAAGUCUGUCUAGUUUUGCUUACCCUGAAGUGAGGCUCACCACUACAGUUUAGUAAUUCCCCCUAAUGCUAGCAUUAGAUUAAAGCUGACUUUGUAGCAACUUGAUCCCUACAGCACAGCCCUGUAUUAUAUUUCAAUCCUAAAGGACAUGUGGAUUCCCUUGUUUUAAGCUGUUGCAGCAUUAAUAAUUCCAUCUGUACAAGUUUUGUUCCAAACAUGAGACAUUCCAUACCUCACCGUAUCUUCUAAGCAGAAAUGUUUUGUACCUGCUGUAGCAGGAAGGAGUUACUUUGUUACUUUGCAUCCCUCAGCAAGAUUACAAUAGGCCUUAAGCUACAAUCAAGAGAGUGCUGUGCUACUGCAAUUUGAACUAAAGCAGCAGAGGUUUUAAGAAGUGCUCUUUGCUUGUAUGAUCCCACUCCAACCAACUAGAAUGGGCAGCAGUCAUAUUUUGCAUUUACCACAAGAUAUAAAAUUUUAUAUCAAACCACAUGUAUAUAUUCUUGCAUAGGGAGUAAAGUCAAGGCACUUCAAGUGAAAGCAUGCAUCUUUUUCUAGGUAUUUGUUUCAAAAUCAAGAUUUUGCUGGUGAAAAUUUAUGGAGUCUUUAUACCUUUUUCACCUUGACACUACUCUCAUUGGCCUCUUCAGUUUCUGUAUGUCAGGUAGUUGCUUGAUGAAAAUGUAGCACAGCCCAAGUUGUCACCCUCCUUAUUUUUACAUAAAAAGUUUGCUUUAAUUGUACUGAAUUUAUUCCUGUUCUUACAGAGGAAAAGCAUAGCAGCCUGCUAACAUACUUUACUGAUUUCAAAGACCCUACUCUUUUCAGUCA